AUGGAAGAAGGAGACGUUUUCAAUUGCUGCUUCAGCGAAAUUAAUAGUGGCAUGUCCAUGAAUAAGAACAAGAAGAAGAUGAAGAAGAGCAAUAAUCAGAAGAGGUUUAGUGAGGAACAGAUCAAGUCACUUGAGGUUAUAUUCGAGUCCGAGACGAGGCUUGAGCCGAGAAAGAAGGUGCAGGUAGCUCAAGAACUAGGGCUGCAACCAAGACAAGUGGCUAUAUGGUUUCAGAACAAGAGAGCUCGUUGGAAGACUAAGCAGCUUGAGAAAGAGUAUAACAUUCUCAGAGCCAACUACAAUCAUUUGGCAUCACAAUUUGACAUCAUGAAGAAAGAAAAGCAAGCUCUGGUCUCCGAGUUGCAGAGACUAAAUGAAGAGAUGCAUAAGUCAAAAGAAGAAAGACGUGAAGAGUGUUGUGGUGAACAAAGAGUGGCUCUUAGCAGUACCACAAGGUCAGAAAAUGGAAAGUGUGAGCCAGAAGUUAGGAUAAAUCAAGGGAUUGCUCUGUGUAAUGAUGACAUUAAGACAGAGUAUUUUGGAUUUGAGGAGUCUAAUCAUGAGCUCAUGAACAUUGUGGAGCAAGCUGGUGAUAGUUGCUUGACUUCAUCUGAUAACUGGGGAGGCUUCAACUCUGAUUCUAUCUUAGACCAAUCUAGCAGCAAUUACCCUUGGUGGGACUUUUGGUCAUGA